AAAAAAAAAAAAAAAAAAAAAAAAGAAAAGAACUCCGUCCAGGACAAAAAGAGGGACUCUCCGCAUGUUCAAACGGAGGGUUUUUGGAGAUUUGCAGCACGUAAAAACCUCCGCGAAUUAGGAAAAAUACGAGGAAAUCCCAGCUGUAAAGGGGUUUCAAAAUGAUUCUGACCGUUUGGAGCUGAAGAAUAAUUACAAAAGUUUUGUGGGCUAAGAGCUUGGCUAUGCUACAGAAGAAGUUAUCUAAAGGUUUUGGCCUUGUUUUUCAAGUUAAAACCUGCCGAGAACAGUUUGGAACUUCUCCUUAGCUGAUUGAUCAGAGUCAAGUCAACCCAAAAAUACUGAUUUUCACUUGAAUGUUGCGGGAACCUUUUUCUCCUCUUGUAUUCGAUAUAGAUUGAUUUGAGAUCGUUUAUUCAAACUCAGCUUCUUCUAUAUUAAUUCUCUCGCAUUGAUUUCAAGCUAUUUAGUUAUGCUCAUCGACUACAGGGAGGAUAUUUUGGGAGAAUGAUAUCCAGAAAGCUUUUGAUUGGGAAUUAUUCCUUUUAGUUUGUAUUUUUGGAACUACUGUACAGAGAGUUUUACUGUGGAAGCUUCUGUUUGUAAGAGAUUUUAUUUCUGUAGCUUGAGAGAGUUUCAAUGGAACAACCUCUAGGUCAGGAUUCGAUUCCCGGUGCUGGGUCAUUAGACAAAUCUAAGGUAUUGAAUGUAAGACCAUUGCGACAACUAGUUCCGGUAUUCCCAUCAGCGUCAAAUGUGUCAUCUUUUUCAACUCCUCAAGGUGCUGCCCCAUUUGUAUGUGCUGGGCCUUCUGGUCCUUUUCCACCGGGGGUUGCUCCAUUCUAUCCCUUCUUCUUUUCACCAAAUGAACAAAGUCAACAAACACCGGGUGGAACAACAAAUACUAAUGCAUCUUUUGGCCUUAAUAGUCCUAUAUCAACUGCCGUUCCUAUAUCUUCAUUCAGGACACCAACUGAGGGUACUUCAGCACAAAAUACUGGCUCCUCUAGAAAAAAUUCCAGACGUCGUGCCCAGUUACAAGAUGGAUAUAGUGAUGGUCAAAAUGAUAAUUCUCAAUAUUAUGGCAUAGGCGCUAAUGAUGGAGAAGAUUCCAGUAAAGCAGGGAGGAAGAAUAAGUCGAAGAAGAAGACAAGGAAUGGUCAGGACAUUAAUUUUAUGUCAGAUGUUGAUAUUGAUGCAAUGCUUAAUGAUAUGGUUUCAACAUACAACCUUUCGGUGUUAGAUUCAAAUAGACAAGCUCAUGGUAGCUUUGAAGCAGUUUCAUGUGUACUCAUGGUAUUUGAUCUGCUAAGGAGGAAGAUUUCACAAGUUGAAGAGUCAAAGGAAUCAACUCCUGGAAAUAUAAGGCGUCCAGAUCUUAAAGCAGGUGCAUUUCUGAUGACCAAAGGGGUUCGAACAAAUAGCAAUAAAAGAGUUGGAGCUGUUCCUGGUGUGGAAAUUGGUGAUAUCUUCUUUUUCAGGAUGGAAUUGUGCCUGGUUGGGUUGCAUGCUCCAUCCAUGGCUGGGAUUGAUUACAUGGGUUUAAAGAUCAGUCAAGAUGAAGAACCAGUUGCAGUAAGCAUUGUCUCAUCUGGUGGGUAUGAGGAUGAUACAAAUGAUGCAGAUGUGUUAAUCUACAGUGGCCAGGGUGGAGUGAACAGAAAGGAUAAGGAAUCAACAGAUCAAAAGCUUGAAAGGGGUAAUCUUGCACUAGAGAAGAGCUUGCAUCGUGGAAAUGAGGUUAGAGUAGUUCGAGGGGUAAGAGAUUUUAGUAACCCUACAGGGAAGAUCUAUGUUUAUGAUGGUCUUUAUAAAAUCCAAGAGUCUUGGGUAGAGAAAGGGAAAUCUGGCUGCAAUGUAUUUAAAUACAAACUGGUGCGAUUACCUGGACAGCGAGAAGCAUUCUUGACUUGGAAAUUAGUCCAACAAUGGAAGAAUGGGAAUGCAUCCCGAAUUGGGGUUAUAAUACCAGAUCUGGCUUCUGGCGCAGAAAGUCUUCCUGUUUCACUUGUGAAUGAUGUUGACGAUGAGAAGGGCCCUGCAUAUUUUACGUAUUAUGCUGGUCUCAAAUAUUUAAAACCUGUAUGCUCUACAGAGCCUUCAGCUGGCUGUAACUGUAUUGGUGGAUGCCUUCCAGGCAAUCUCAAUUGCCCUUGCAUGCAGAAAAAUGGUGGAUAUCUCCCCUAUAGUUCUAAUGGGGUUCUUGCGAGUCAGCAAUCUAUGAUAUAUGAAUGUGGCGCCUCAUGUCAAUGCCCUCCCAAUUGCAGGAAUCGUGUGUCCCAAGGAGGUCUCAAAUUUCGUCUGGAGGUAUUCAGAACUAAAGGUAAAGGCUGGGGGCUUAGGUCUUGGGAUCCCAUUCGGGCUGGAGCAUAUAUUUGCCAAUAUGCUGGGGAAGUGAUCGAUAGUUCGAAGGAAAAGGACUCAGUUGGGGACAAUGAAGACAGUUACGUCUUUGAUGCUAAACGAUCCUGUCCAAACCUUGAAGUUUUGCCUGGUGAUUCUGAUGGGCCUCCAAGACUUCCGUUUCCUCUAGUUAUUAGUGCAAAAAAUGUUGGCAAUGUUGCUCGUUUUAUGAACCAUAGUUGCUCUCCAAAUGUGUACUGGAAGCCAAUUUUACGGGAAAAUAAGAGUGAGCAUGAUGUCCAUAUUGCUUUUCAUGCAAUCAGGCAUGUACCUCCCAUGAUGGAGUUGACGUAUGAUUAUGGAAUUGUUCCACCUGAAAGUGCUAAUGGAAGGAAGAUCGAUUGCCUAUGUGAGUCCUUAAAAUGCCGAGGCUAUUUUUGUUAGUGCUUUGUCGAAAGAUGUAUUUGAGCAGGGAGGAAUCGCUUGGCUUGUGCUUCUUGAAAUGAGAUGAAAUCAAGAAAUAACAGACACUUCAGAAUAUGCAACCUCGAGGCACUUGGUUUGUAGUCCCGUCGUUGCAGCAGUAUCGACCAAGCUCUCUCGUGGAUGCCCGAAAUUUCCCCCUCUUGUUGUAAGGUGUAACAUACAUAUUAAGAAGGAUGUAGCUGCUCAUUUGUUUUUGCCUUGAGAAGGUAAGAUAUUGUAGUUGUGUUUAUGAUGUAGCUGCCAUCUUGUCCAUGUGAAUUAGAUAGAUUAUUAUGCCUAUUAGCACUUGCGAUGGAUACUCUUCUUGAAUGUGGAAAGAAAAUGACAGGUUUCUGUUCAUUGUUCAUUGUCCUGUUGUAGAUUAUAUCGAAUACCCACUUGAUUAUCUUCUCCAA